CACAAGGUUUCUGAGAACCGGUCUCAGCAGUAUGUAAAUCUGCCCUUGUUUCAGAGAAAAACAGAAGCUGUCUCUCUGUGUCUCUCUGUGUCUCGCUGUCAUCCACAGUCCCUUUUCUCACCUCUUCUCACAGACGCAGGGCUGCGGGUUUUGGCAGAGAGCUACACACAGAGAGGCCUCAAUAUUCAGCUAUACAAUCUCCAGGCUCAAAGCGUCAGUCCACCAGCUGAACUCUCAGUCAGACUGGUGGAUGGGACCACUUCCUGUUCUGGGACAGUGGAAGUCUUCUACAGAGGAGAGUGGUCAGGUCUAUGUCCUGGGUGGUGGUGGGACAUGAUGAGAGAGGUUAAGGUUGUGUGUAGGGAGCUGCACUGUGGCAAUCCUGUAGCUGAAUCUAGAGGACCUCUGAUUCAAUAUGGAAGAAGAGGAGUCAUACUAUUUAGUUGUAGUGGGGAUGAGUCUUCUAUUAGACAGUGUAACAUCAUAGGAGGAGACCCUGGUUUCUGUUAUGGUGAAUAUUAUCAUCAUGUGACCUGUUCAGAGUCUGUGCGGCUUGUGGAUGGAGCUGGUCUCUGCUCUGGGAGAGUGGAGGUGAAGUCCAAUCAGUCCUGGGCCUCAGUGUGUGAAGCUGACUUUGACCGGCAGGAUGCAGAGGUAGUCUGUGGGGAGCUUGGCUGUGGGGCUCCUGCAGCUCUACAGGGGGGGCUCUAUGGAGAAGGUGAGGGUCAGACCUGGGAUAAAGAGUUCCAGUGUAAAGGCAAAGAGUCCCUUCUCCUGGACUGUGACACCUCAGACAGAGAAAACAACACCUGUCUACCUGGUAAUGUUGUUGGACUCACCUGCUCAGAGCCUGAUGAUGUGAGGCUGGUGGGAGGAGGCAGUCGCUGUGCUGGUGGAGUGGAGCGGUACGACCAGGGAGAGUGGAGGACUGUGGGAGCUGGAGACUGGAACCUGAGGGAUGUAGCUGUAGUAGUGUGUAGACAGCUGGGUUGUGGCUCCAUUGUUUCAGUUCUACCUGGAGACACCACUAGAGGGAAUAACAUUAUCUGUUCUGGGUCUGAGUCUGUACUGAGGGAGUGUUGGAGAAUUUAUUAUCUCUCUCCUGGACUCACAGUGAUCUGCUCAGUCCAGCCUGAAAUCUCCCUGACUGACUCAAUGGGAGGGGUCUCCAGGGGCCACCAGGGGCCCGAGGUGUUCAGGGGCUACAGUUUCACCAUCACCUGCUCCACUCAGCCACAGUACCCAGGAGGCUCCUUCCUCCUCACGUUCACCGGCUCCAACAGAACCCAGACCCAGCCAGCUGUCAAUCACUCUGCUGCCUUCCUCUUCCCUGCUGCAGAUGACUCCCACCAAGGGAACUACAGAUGUGUUUAUGACAAUUAUGUUUUCUCUCAUAACUUCUCCUCUGAGAGUGAGCUCCUCUCCCUCACCAUCACAGCCUCUCCUCUGCCAGCCUUCAUCAUCAUCAUUGUUGUAGUGGUGCUGAUCCUACUGACAGCCAUCACCACCUCCUACCUGUACUACAAGCCCACCAGGAGGCAGAAGAGAGUGAACAGGGUGAGCAGCAUGGAUCUUUAUGUCAAUGCCAUGGAGAUGGUCUCUCUGAGCUCCAGAGCUGAAGCUGGACCGGGAGAGGAGAGAGCAGCCCAGGGGACGGAGUAGGAGUAGAAUGAAGCUGACCCUACAUGCUGAUCUUAGGUCAGUUUUGUGUUUUAAAUGGAUGGUCAGCAGUGGACUGGUGUUUAAAAUGUGGUGACAAACCUGAAGUGGUUCUAAUUUUAAUAACAAGUUCAGAAUUAGUUUAUCUUUCUAGAACCUUGGAAGAAAUCUAAAAGGAGUGACUGCAACCACCAUUAUUCCUUUUAGUUUGGUUUUUACCACCAGAGAAACAUGGGGUUCUGGGUAACAUGGGGUUCUGGGUAACAUGGGGUUUUGGGUACAUUUAUUUUCUCUUUAAUUAGUGUCUCUUAGAUUCUUUAUCUUAUUUAGUGUCUCUUAGAUUCUUUAUCUUAUUUAGUGUCUCUUAUAUUCUUUAUCUUAUAUAGUGUCUCUUAGAUUCUUUAUCUUAUUUAGUGUCUCUUAGAUUCUUUAUCUUAUUUAGUGU